UUGCUGGGCUCAUUUUCAGACCUUGGCGGAAUCCCAGUGAAUCAAGGUACUAUAGAAGCCAGACUACCGCAACUUGGAUUUCAUGCGGUCCAUGGACAGAAUAUAGUCUUGCAAAAAGGUGGUAGAGUGGCGAGAAGGAAAGAGAGUUUCUGUAAAGGACUUGCGUUUUCUAACAGGCCAGUUACUGUAAACGAAAACGUAUGCAUUCGUCUGACUGAGGUUUCGACAAGUUGGUCAGGUGUGCUGAGAUUCGGAGUUACUAAUGUGGAUCCUGAGACCUACAGAACCAUUCAGGUUCCUAAGUGA